GAAAGGAAUAAACUGGCUGAUGUUCCAGUUAUCUGCCCAGCUGGUGAAGAUUUUGUUUCACAGGAUAUAGAGCUGUCAUCUUCAGCCAAAGAGGAUAGUUUACAGACUGAGUUCCUGGCAGAAGAAACACCUUCUGGAGAUGAAUAUGAGUACACCAGCAGAAGCUGUCAGAGGCAGAUGGUCACCCGAGAAGAGAUUAGAAGUGCAUCAGAAAAGAACAGCAUGGCCAGUCUUUCUGGACAGGCGCCUAACUUCUCCCAGCUUCUGUCUAACAUAACCGUCAUGGAAGGUUCUCCGGUAACUUUGGAAGUAGAAGUAACAGGAUUCCCAGAGCCUGCACUGACAUGGUACAAGAAGGGCCAGAAACUGACUGCAAAUGGGCACUUAAAGCUUUUACAAAAGGAGACCAAGCACACGUUGUUCAUUCAGAAGGUGUGUGAUAAAGAUGCUGGCCUCUAUGUUGUUCGGGCUAAAAAUUCUAAUGGUACUGUCUCAUCAAGUGCCAUUCUCCAUGUGCAAGGUAACAGGCCACCUAUCACAAGAAUAGACUGGAUAACGCUGUGUGUCAUCUAUAUGAGCAUAUCACUAAUGUACUGGCUAUUCAC